AUUUGUUCUUGUUCAAAUAUAAAAAAGCCAUUUUUUUAUGUUAUGUCGCUAAACGAUUAUCUCGCCAAACACUACGGGUCGGUUUCAGAAGACAAGGACACAAAAAAGCAGAAGAAAAAGUCACACAAACACAAGCAUACCGACCACUACCACCAACAGCACCAACAGCAACCAGCACAGGGCAGCAGCAGUGGUAUCAAAGUAGUACUUGAGGACGAUGACUUUCCAUUCACACCGAUUCCUGACAACCAAUCCCGCCCCAUAUCCAAGUCCAAGCACAAAUCACAAUUCAAAUACACUGACUCUACCUGGCACACCGUCCAUCCAACCAACCAAUUGAAUUUCCAAAACGAAAAAGAAGAAGAAGAGGUAGUGGCAGAAGACGAACAGCCUGUUAUUCAGCAUAUCACACCGGAUCAUCCUGAGGAAACACCUGAAGAUCCCGGACCAACCAUGCACUACGGGUUACAGACAGCGGAGACAAUCAAAAGAGACUCUGACCUACAGCACGCCCGCUACCUGCGCAAACUCCAAGAAUCCACUGACGACCAAAGCGGCCGCACGGCGCAGACUAUAUACCGGGACAAGCAUGGCCAAAAGAUCAAUAUCGAGGAUGCGCGGAAAUCCGAACAAGAACGGUUGAAAAUAAAGGAGGAGGCAAGGAGAAACCAGGUGGAGUGGAAUAAGGGGUUGGUUCAGCAGAGAGAAAAGGCUACUAGGAGCAGAGAAAUAGAAGCGGCGGGAGAUCAGAGUGAGUUAUUGAAUAGGGAGCGCAGAGAGAAGAUGCGCUGGGACGAUCCAGCUUUGAGGUUUUUGGAGAAUAAACCGGAGGUUAGGAAGGAGUACCCGGAGUAUAAGGGGUAUGCGCCACCAAAUCGGUUUGGUAUUAAGCCAGGUUAUCGCUGGGAUGGUGUUGAUCGGUCAAAUGGAUUUGAAGCUGAUUUCUUUAAACGACAGGCUAACACUUCGUCUAGAAAAACUGAGAAUUACUCUCAUUCUGUAGCCGACUGGUAAAAAUGAAAUAAAGUUUUAUAUUUUAAAGUGGUUUUUAUUUUAGUAUAUUUUGUUUGUUUUAAAAUGGUUUUGUUUUUGGGAUUUGGCUUACACUAUAUCCAACUGCAAAGCAUAGGAAAAAGCCAUGUUGCAAUCGGCGAAAUAGAAGCCUUGUUGAUCUUGGCGUGCUUUUCGGCACUGGCCAUGGCUUGGGAAAAAGCAAAAUCCCGAUCUUGUAUGCAACAAAAAAAAGCAGAGGAAUAAAUCCCUUUGCGGUUCUUUGUGCUCCAGAAACCGGGCGCUCCAUAAAAUAGCCGGACCAGCAAUUUGACAUAACAGCCUUACUAGGC